AGUAAAGUUGUCUACCAAUUUUUUAUCAUCAUAAACUGUUAAUUUUCACGUGUUUUUGAAGAUUGUUGUAUUAAAUAGCGUUAAAAUCUAAGUGCGUAUAAAUAGAAUAAUACAAUAUGGAUUUCACAUGUAUUUGUUGUCGUGUGGCUUUCAAGGAUAGUGAAAUCCAAAGGAUGCACUACAAAACAGAUUGGCAUCGAUAUAAUCUUAUGCGAAAAGUCGCUGAUUUGCCGCCUGUAACAAGUGAAGAAUUCCAGAGGAGGGUUAUAGCUCAAAAGGCUAGUGACAAAUUGCAGCAGCAAGACACCAAGCAAUAUUGCAAGUGCUGUCGUAAGACUUUCAGCAAUUUCAAAACAUAUGAGAAUCAUUUAUCUUCAAAAAAACAUAAAGAUCUGGCUGAAAAUUAUGUGGAGCCUGUAGUGAAAGUAAAUAAUAUGGAAGUUGAUAAAAAAGAAGUUAAUGUUGAGAGUGAUGUUGAAGAAGAUGAUGAGGAUAUUGAGGAAGUUGAUUCAGAUGAAUGGGAUGAGGAUAUGGUAGUGGAUGUAAGAAACUGUUUAUUCUGUUUGCAUCAUAGUAAAAACUUGGUGAAGAAUUUGAAGCAUAUGUCAGAAAUACACACAUUCUUCAUUCCUGAUAUAGAGUUUUGCACUGAUAUUAAUGGUCUCAUUGAAUAUUUGGCACAGAAGGUUGAGCAUGGUUAUAUUUGUUUGUGGUGCAAUGAGAAAGGCAAGACUUAUUAUACAGCAGCAGCUACCAGAAAGCAUAUGCUGGAUAAAGGUCACACUAAAAUGAUACAUGAUGGUGCAGCUUUGGCUGAAUAUACAGACUUUUAUGAUUAUUCCACUUCGUAUCCUGAUGGGGAAGAUGAAACUGUUGAUUCUAACCAGGAGGUGGAAAUUCCUGAGAUGGAAGGAAACGAAUUCCAAUUGGUUUUGCCCUCUGGUUCUGUGAUUGGACACAGAAGUUUGAUGAGAUAUUAUAAGCAAAGUAUUGAUCCAAACAGGGUUGUUGUUGUAAGGAAGAAUACGAACAAAUUGCAUAAGGUUUUGGCCUCAUAUCGCGCAUUGGGAUGGACGCCGGAACAGCAAGAAGUUGCUGCAAAGAGAGCCAGGGAUAUUCAUCAUAUGAAGAGAUUGAUUUCCAAGUAUCGCAUGAAACUGGGAACCAAAGCAAACAAGUUGCAAACGCAUUUCCGGCAACAAGUCAACUUUUAGACAAAUUCAUUUCAUUAUUUAUGUUAUUACAAUAUAUAUAUGUUACUUUAUUUUGUUAUAUAUAAAUAUUUGUAGAAAUUAUGACAUAAAAACAGGCAAUUUUUGAACUUUGUUUUCUCAAUUGUAAUUAAAUUAUAUAGAAAUGAUAA